AUGGAUGAUGAAUUAAAUGUUACAUAUGUAAAACUUAGUGGGUAUGUGGAAGUUGACAAAUAUAGAUAUGUUUAUUUUUUGGUUUUGUUUAUAGUUUAUAUCCUAAUAAUCUGCAGUAACUCUACUAUUGUGUACCUUAUCAUGAAUUACAAAAACCUCCAUGAGCCUAUGUACAUUUUCAUUGCAGCUUUGCUGCUGAACUGUGUCCUUUACAGCACUGCUAUUUACCCAAAACUUCUCAUUGAUUUUGUAUCAGAAAAACAGAUCAUAUCAUAUUCAGCCUGCAUCUUUCAAUUUUUUAUAUUUUACUCUUUAGGCAGUGCAGAGUUUUUAUUGUUGGCAGCCAUGGCCUAUGACAGGUAUGUGUCUAUAUGUCAACCUCUGCAAUAUCCAACCAUCAUGAGAAAAACUACUGUCAGUAUUUUGCUGGUUUUGGCUUGGCUCAUAGCUGCUUGCCAUAUUGCAGUCCCAGCAAUAGUGAGUGCUGAAACUAAACUGUGUAACUUUACUUUAAAAGGAAUAUUUUGCAACAAUGCAAUUUACAGACUUCAGUGUGUAAGCUCAAGAUUAAUUACCAUAUAUGGUGUCAUCGCUUUAAUAGAUCUUGUAAUACUCCCUAUGCUCUUCAUAAUUUUCACAUAUACAAAGAUACUUAUAAUAUCCUAUAAAAGUUGUAGAGAGGUCAGGAAAAAAGCUGCAGAGACCUGUUUACCUCACCUGUUGGUUUUAAUCAGUUUCUCCUCUUUGAGUGCAUAUGAUGUAAGUAUAGCUCGAGUGGAAUCCAACUUUCCAAAAAUAGCACGCUUAAUAAUGACACUACAAAUAGUUUUGUAUCAUCCUUUGUUUAAUCCGCUCAUAUACGGUCUAAAAAUGAAAGAAAUUUCCAAACACCUCAAGAGGUUGUUCUGUCCAGCCAAAAUCAUCUGA